AUGGUCAUUUAUCAAGAUAUUGCUCAUCACCAACCAGAUCAUUCAGACGGUCCAGGGGAAUUAUCUCCUGUUGUUGAUUUGAGCUUGACUGCGGAGUAUACCACAGCCAGUAAGGUUAAAGCAUUUUGUGAUUUCGAGGAUACAAAUGAAGAUGCGCGCAGACCAAUGCAUGGUCGUUUAUUGACAGUUGGGUAG